AAAAAAAAAGAUUUCCGGGAUAUUGUAUAUAAUUUAGGAAGCCGCUAUUAAAAUCCUUACAUAGGCUAUCUCCCUUUCUAAUCUUUGUAUACCCGUUGUUUAACCUGCGACAACGGGUUAACAGCAUGGUUAACAACCCCUGGUGGAGGUUGCUCGGAGUGUUUACCGAUAGAUAGAAAUGUCGGUGACGUAAUCUCAGUGUGACAAUUCUGCGUGCGUUCUACGUCAAAAUUAUAUGCGCUCUUGCAGAGUCACUCCGUGUAUUUCGAGUGUAAACAAGAGGUUAGAAGAACAAUCUAGAAUUUGAUGCGAGUUAUUCUUAUGCGAAGUUUAGUUAAUAAUUAUUGUACGGAGAAACUUGUGUUACGCCAGAGGCUACAACUGAAUGACCAGACUUUGAAAAGCUUCAAGCCUGGAGUCCUUGGAAUUUCUGAGGCCCUGUAAGGCACCACCAUGGACACUGUGAAGAAGGGAGAGAAAGAUUGUGAGGAGGAAACACUACAGACUGCCUUUAAAAAGCUACGUGUGGAUGCUGAAAGUUCUGUGGCUGCAUUGCGUGGGAGCGAGACUUUGGCACCCAGAGCCGGAACCCGAGUCAGCACAGAUGGAACGAAACCCAAAAUCACUUCCCCUAAAGAGAACUGGCAUGGAUGCAGUCGAAAGUCCUCCAGGGGCUUAACAAGAAACCAGAGACGGAGAAGGUCCAAGUCUCCAAUCCUACACCCGCCCAAAUUCACCUACUGUAGCUCUAAAAUGCAAUUCAAACACAAGAGCCCCACAGAGCUGGAGGACACCAGCACCUCCCUGCUUGUUCCUGCUAAGAAGGAGCUUUUGUCCUCCCGUGCCCAUUCACCCAUCUUUGGUUCCAUGGGUUAUGACUCCAAUAUCACUUUGGAAAGCAAGAUUUCCCCUCUGAACAGAGUGGCAACCUUUGGCAAUGAGAACAAGUCGGAGGGAAAGGAUGAAAGGACCAACAUUUCUUUAGAGGAGGCUCAAGCUCCAGCAGCUGACUUUAAGUCUCUGUGCCAGCUCCAGGAGAGUGGUGUGUGCCAAUGCACCAGCUGGCAUGGCAUGGAGGUCUACUCAUUCACUGGCCUGCGUGAUGUCAUUUCUGAAUGUGAAAUGAAGCUGCCCAGCUCUUCAGAUGCACCUCAGAACACCAGAACAGUGAAUGGAUCAUCAGUGUCCACGUCACCACGCUCCUGCUCCGAACAGGCACGUGUGUAUGUGGAUGACAUCACUAUAGAAGAUCUCUCGGGCUACAUGGAGUAUUAUCUCUACAUCCCUAAAAAGAUGUCGCACAUGGCUGAAAUGAUGUACACUUAAGCAAAUAAUAAUUUUGAGGUACACAAAAUUGGUUUAACAAAAAAUCUGCAAGCCGAUGCACAUAGUACAUGAGGAGAUUAAAGAUAAGCAGUGGGGCACAUAUAUUAUAAAAGAUGGGACUGUUUAUUGAAAAUGAGUAGGCAUGAAGUUAUUAGGAAUGAAGUGGUAAUGAUUUCCAGGUCUUUUCCCCCUCUAUUUUUCAGUGUUCCAUUGUUCAAUAGACUAACACUCAGUGAGAUUUGUCUACUGUCUUUUUUUUCUUCUUUUCUUUCUGAUUAUUUUUCUGUUUCACAUGCCAUGCUGCCAAGGUUCUGUUGCAGGAAUUGCAGGGUUUGAUUUUAUGUGGCAUUUUUGCAUAUACCAAUAAUCAUCAUGAUCGCCUUCUUUAAAUUGUAAUAAAACACUCUUGUUAAAGGAGGGUGUUGGUUAUA